AUGGCUUCCAUUGUCAAGUUACAAGUCAUUACCGGUGCGUACGAUGAAGGAGCAUUGGCUUAUCUUUUACAAACAGACGACUUUCGAUUUCUACUUGAUUGUGGCUGGGAUGAAAACUUUUCUCUCGACAUUAUCGAACAAUACAAACGCCAUAUUAAAACGAUUGAUGCAGUGUUAAUAACUUAUCCUGAUAUUUAUCAUCUCGGUGCACUACCUUAUCUCGUUGGACAUUGUGGAUUGAAAUGUCCUGUGUAUGCAACGAUUCCUGUGAAUAAAAUGGGACAGAUGUUUAUGUACGAUUUGCAUCAAAGUCGUUCGCAUAGUGAAGAUUUUACACUGUUUACGCUUGAUCAUGUCGAUGCAGCAUUUAAUCUAUUUGUUGAACUCAAAUAUGAUCAAUCGUUUCCACUCGAAGGAAAUGGACAAGGAUUAACGAUAACGCCAUUGCCUGCUGGCCACAUGAUUGGUGGAGCUAUAUGGAAAAUUUCGAAAGAAGGCGAAGAAGAAAUUGUUUAUGCUGUAGAUUACAAUCAUAAAAAAGAACGACAUUUGAAUAGUUCGAAUUUAACUAAAAUAAGUCGGCCCACACUGUUGAUAACAGAUGCUUUAAAUACGAAAUAUUCCCAAGGACAACGGAAAACCAAGGAUGCUCAAUUACUAACGACAAUCUUGGAAACGAUGCGACGAGACGGAAAUGUACUGAUUUGCGUUGAUACUGCCGGCCGUGUUCUGGAAUUAGCUCUUCUUCUAGAACAAUUGUGGCGAAACGAACAAUCUGGUUUAUUUGCUUAUUCGUUAGCUCUGUUGAAUAAUUUUAGUCAUCAAGUCAUUGAAUUUGCUCGUUCACAAGUCGAAUGGAUGGCAGAUAAGAUAGUUCGACAGUUUGAAGAGAGUCGCGCGAACCCAUUCCAGCUGCGUUAUGUCAAAUUGUGUCACAAUCUCAGUGAUUUAGAGAAAGUUCGCGCACCCAAAGUUGUGUUAGCAAGUCAGCCAGAUUUGGAAUGUGGUUUUGCACGCGAUUUGUUCAUUCAAUGGGCUGAGAAUGACAAAAAUAGUAUUAUUCUGACAACAAGAACAUCUCCAGGAACGUUGGCAAGAGAGCUAAUUGAUAAACCUAAUGUGACAACAAUCGAAGUUGAAGUACGUCGGAAAGUACCUUUGGAAGGUGCAGAAUUAGAAGAACAUCUCGAACAACAGCGUAUUCAAAAUGAAAAGAAGGCAGCCGAAGCUCAAGCAGAGAAGAAAAAGUCUCGUAAAUCAUCUCGUUCCACAGGUGAUGAACGAAUGGAUGUCGGUACUGGAAUGGAGGACGAAGAUGAGAAUGACGACGACGACGACGAUGAUGAUGACGAUGACGAUGACGAUGAUGAGAAUCAAAUCAAUAACAAAUCGAAAUCAUCGACAGGCGAUCAUACCAUCGAUACAGGUCUUGCUGAUGAUAACCUGUUUGUUACACCUUUGCAUACUCCGUCCGGCACUCGUGCACCAACUCAAUCUCCAUUUGCACCGAAGCGAAAAGCAUUCGCUAUGUUUCCUCAUAAAGAAGAAAAGUACACAUGUGAUGAUUAUGGUGAAAUAAUCAAUCCUGCUGAUUAUAUGGUCGUUGAAACGAAACCAUCGAUUGCAAAUGAUUUUGCCUCGAUGAAUUUUGGUGAUUCGGACGAACGACAGCCUCUUAAUGAACUAUUUGCUAAUAAUAGUAAUGUAUCGAACAUGGUGUUGACGAUGAUGCAACAAAAUUCAGUCGGAAUACUACCUGCGAAUCAAGCUCAGCAACAUCCACUGAUUCAACAAGUGCAACAUCAACCUUCGACUAUUCCGUUUAAGACUCUACGUGAAAAGCGUGAAUUGAAAAUCAAUGCCAAAGUUCUAUAUGUUGAUUUCGAGGCACGAAGUGAUCGCGAAUCGAUUGAAAAGUUACUUAAUCAAAUUAAACCGAAGAAUUUAAUCUUGAUUCAUGGCACACAAGAUUGUAUCGAACAAUUAGAGAAGUAUUGUACAGCAAAACAAAUUGUUCAAGGAAGAAUAUUUUCACCCCGUGUGGGUGAAAUUGUAGAUGCCACAACUGAACGAAAUCUUUAUCAAAUUAAACUCAAGGAUAGUUUGUUAAGUUCGAUCUCAUUUGCAAAAACACGCGAUGUCGAUGUGGCAUGGGUUGAUGGAGUUAUCACCCAUGGUGCACCACCCCCCACGACUCCGUCGGGAUUAGCAACAUUUACCACUGUUGGUCAAUCGAAUACAGAAUGGUAUUUAAAUCCUGUCGCGCGUGAGGUGAAAGAUCAGAUGCCACCACACCCAUGUGUAUUUGUGAACGAACCAAAACUACUCGAUUUGAAAAUGAUUCUUAUCCGACAACAUGGACUACGAGCUGAAUUCGUUGGUGGAGUGCUCACUUGUGAAGAUACAGUCGCAAUUAAACGAAACGAAGCAGGCAAAAUUAUUCUCGAAGGUUCUCUGUCCGACACCUAUUACAAAGUUCGACGAAUCUUAUACGAUCAAUAUGCUAUUUUGUAA